AUGUGGACUCAGCUAAUCGUACAGGAAAUAUAUUCUUUCUCUUUCAAUAUCUUAACUUCCAUAUCUGUUGAUGUAAAAAUUAAUCAUAUCUAUCUAUCUAUCUAUCUAUCUAUCGCAGUCUUUUCAUAUCUAUCUAUCUAUCUAUCUAUCUAUCUAUCUAUCUAUCUAUCUAUCUAUCUAUCUUUUCGUAUCUAUCUAUCUAUCUAUCGCAGUCUUUUCAUAUCUAUCUAUCACAGUUUUUUAUAUCUAUCGCAGUUUUUUCAUAUCUAUCUAUCUAUCUAUCUAUCUAUUGCAGCCUUUUCAUAUCUAUCUAUCUAUCUAUUGCAGCCUUUUCAUAUCUAUCUAUCGCAGUCUUUUCAUUAUCUAUCUAUCUAUCUAUCUAUCUAUCGCAGUCUUUUCAUUAUCUAUCUAUCUAUCUAUCUAUCUCAGUCUUUUCAUUAUCUAUCUAUCUAUCUAUCUAUCUAUCUCAGUCUUUUCAUUAUCUAUCUAUCUAUCUAUCUAUCUCAGUCUUUUCAUUAUCUAUCUAUCUAUCUCAGUCUUUUCAUUAUCUAUCUAUCUCAGUCUUUUCAUUAUCUAUCUAUCUAUCUAUCUAUCUAUCUCAGUCUUUUCAUUAUCUAUCUAUCUAUCUAUCUAUCUAUCUAUCUAUCUAUCUCAGUCUUUUCAUUAUCUAUCUAUCUAUCUAUCUAUCUAUCUAUUCAUUAUCUAUCUAUCUAUCUAUCUAUCUUUUCAUUAUCUCUAUCUAUCUAUCUAUCUAUCUAUCUCAGUCUUUUCAUUAUCUAUCUAUCUAUCUAUCUCAGUCUUUUCAUUAUCUAUCUAUCUAUCUCAGUCUUUUCAUUAUCUAUCUAUCUAUCUAUCUAUCUCAGUCUUUUCAUUAUCUAUCUAUCUAUCUAUCUAUCUAUCUAUCUAUCUAUCUAUCUAUCUAUCUCAGUCUUUUCAUUAUCUAUCUAUCUAUCUAUCUAUCUCAGUCUUGUUCAUUAUCUAUCUAUCUAUCUAUCUAUCUCAGUCUUGUUCAUUAUCUAUCUAUCUAUCUAUCUAUCUCAGUCUUGUUCAUUAUCUAUCUAUCUAUCUAUCUAUCUAUCUCAGUCUUGUUCAUUAUCUAUCUAUCUAUCUAUCUAUCUAUCUCAGUCUUGUUCAUUAUCUAUCUAUCUAUCUAUCUAUCUCAGUCUUUUCAUUAUCUAUCUAUCUAUGUAUUUCAGUUUUCAUUAUCUAUCUAUCUAUCUCAUCAUUUUCAUUAUCUAUCUAUCUAUCUAUCUAUCUCGAUCUUUUCACUAUUUAGCUAUCUAUCUAUCUAUCUAUCAUCUCAUCUUUUCAUUAUCUAUCUAUCUAUCUAUCUAUCUAUCUCAGUCUUUUCAUUAUCUAUCUAUCUAUCUAUCUAUCUCAGUCUUUUCAUUAUCUAUCUAUCUAUCUAUCUAUCUAUCUCAGUCUUUUCAUUAUCUAUCUAUCUAUCUAUCUCAGUCUUUUCAUUAUCUAUCUAUCUAUCUAUCUAUCUAUCUCAGUCUUUUCAUUAUCUAUCUAUCUAUCUAUCUAUCUCAGUCUUUUCAUUAUCUAUCUAUCUAUCUAUCUAUCUAUCUAUCUAUCUAUCUAUCCACAAUGAGUUGUCGUUUCGCUUAUCUCUUUUCUUUUUUUUUCUUUCUAUGUCCGUCCCUGCAACAACUAACCGUCCACUACCACACAACCUGCACCCACCCCCGCAACCCUCACCACAUGCCGUUCAUUUAUAUAGCCAGUUGCAUUCAAUAUUUUCAUAUCUAUCGCAGUCUUUUCAUCAGUCUAUUUCUGUAUAAUUUUAUCUGUUUCUGUAUAAUUUUAUCUAUCUAUCUCUGUAUAUAUCUAUCUAUCUCUCUGUAUAAUUCUAUCUAUCUAUAUAAUUCUAUCUAUCUAUCUAUCGCUCACGAAGGGGAGUAUACAAUGUUUCUACUAUACACGAUUAUCCGUAAUUUUCUUCUUUUUCUUUGUUGUUUUUUUCCUUCUUCGUCUUCUUUUUUGAUUUUUCAUCUUCUUUGUCGCAAUCUAUUCAUUCUUUUUUUUUAUUUUUUCUUUAUUAUCAUCUUUUAUUCUUCUUUCUAUCCUGUAAGAUUAUCCGUAUUUUUUUCUUCUUUUUUGUCUAAAUCUUUUCCUUCUUUUUUAUUCUUCUUCGUCAUCUUCUUUUUCUUCUUCUUCUUUCUAUCCUUCUCAGUCUUUUCCUUCUGUUUUAUUCUUCUUCGCCAUCUUCUUUUUUUUCUUCUUUGUUUUUUCUUCUUCUUUCUAUCCUACAAGUUUAUACGUAUUUUUCUUCUUCGUAACUUCUUCUUCAUCUCCCUUUUCUUGAUUUUUUCAUCCUCUUUGUCUCAAUCAUUUCCAUCUUUUUUUAUUCUUCUUCGUCAUCAUCUUUUUCUUCUUUCUGUAAGAUUAUCCGUAUUUUUUCUUCGUAAUUUCUUCAUCUUCAUUUCCUCCUUUUUCUUGAUUUUUUCAUAUUCUUUUUCUCAAUCUUUUCCUUCUUUUUUUGUUCUUCGUCAUCAUCUUUUUCUUCUUCAUCAUCAUCUUCUUCUUUUUCUUAUCCUGCAAGUUUAUCCGUAUUUUUCUUCUUUAUUAUCCGUAUUUUUUCUUCGUAAUUUCUUCAUCUUCAUUUCCUCCUUUUUCUUGAUUUUUUCAUAUUCUUUUUCUCAAUCUUUUCCUUCUUUUUUUGUUCUUCGUCAUCAUCUUUUUCUUCUUCUUCAUCAUCUCUUCUUCUUUUUUCUUAUCCUGCAAUCAUCUUCUUUUCCUUCAUCCUGUCAGAUUAUCCGUAUUUUUUUUCUUCUUCAUCUUCUCUCAAUCUUUUCCUUCUUUAUAUUUUCUUCUUUUUUAUCCUACAAGUUUAUCCGCAUUUUUCUUCUUCAUAAUUUCAUCUUCAUUGUCUCAAUUUUUUCCAUCAUUUUUUAUUCGCCUUCGUCAUCAUCUUUUUCUUCUUCCUGCAAGAUUAUCCGUAAUUUUCUUCUUCUCCUUCUUGAUUAUUGUUGUAGUAGUAGUAGUAGUAGUCUUCUUCUUCUUCUUCUUCUUCCUACUACCCUGCAAGAUUAUCCGUAUUUUUCUUCUUUCUAUCCUACAAGAUUAUCCGUAAUUUUCUUUUUCUUCGUCUUGUCCUUUUUCUUGAUUUUUCAUCUUCUUUGUUUCAAUCUUUCCCUUCCAUUUUUAUCCUCCUUCGCCAACAUAUUUUUCUUCUUCUUUCUAUCCUGCAUGAUUAUCCGUAUUUUUGUACUUCUUCCUUAUCUUCCCACUACACAUCAUUACCAUACACCUUCCUCUCCUUCUUUCUAA